GCAAGAAGGGAAAUUUUGUUCUCGUUCGCAGAAGAGCGCGCCAUUAUUAUUAUUACUGUUAUUAUUUUGUCUGGUAUUGUUGUGUUGAGGUACUUCCAUAAGUGCUCUUCUCACACACCUCACCUCCUCUCAAAAUACAUAUAUAAUAUAUAUCCCUCUUCGCCCCUCCGACCGUCGCAGCCAUGGCUCGCCGUCCGUCUCGUUGCUACCGCUUCUGCAAGAACAAGCCGUACCCGAAGUCCCGCUUCUGCCGCGGUGUGCCGGACUCCAAGAUUCGCAACUUCGACAUCGGCCGCCGCCGCGCCACCGUCGAUGAGUUCCCGGUGUGCAUCCACGUGGUGUCUCGCGAGCUGGAGCAGAUCGCGUCCGAGGCGCUGGAGGCUGCCCGCAUUCAGGCCAACAAGUACAUGACGAAGCGCGCCAACAAGGAUGUGUUCCACAUGCGCACCCGUGCCCACCCCUUCCACGUGCUCCGCAUCAACAAGAUGCUCUCCUGCGCCGGUGCCGAUCGUCUGCAGACCGGUAUGCGCGGUGCCUUCGGUAAGCCGAACGGUGUGUGCGCGCGCGUCCGCAUUGGCCAGAUCCUGCUGUCCAUGCGCACCAAGGAUGCGUACGUGCCGCAGGCCUACGAGGCCCUGCGCCGCGCCAAGAUGAAGUUCCCCGGCCGCCAGAUCAUCGUGACGUCCAAGUACUGGGGCUUCACCGACAUCCUGCGCACCGAGUACGAGGCACUGCGCGACGCCGGCAGGCUCGAGCAGCGCGGCAUCCACUGCAAGCUCAUCACCCCCAAGGGCAAGAUCACCAUGCGCAACGUGAUGGCGUAA